AAUCCAUCGAUAUUUUGGCUAUAAAGGCGGCGCGUCGAAGACAAUCCAUAUCAAAAUCUUAUACGGUUCUCUGAAGCAACUAUCCAAUAACAUGAGAGUCACAACAAUUGUCCUGAGCCUUGCCAUUUUGGCCAGUUUCCAUGUGAGGUACAGCGAGGCGGUGGCCUGCACAUCUUUUGAUCCCGAUUUGCCAGCUGGAUGCACCGACUGUGAGGCAGCGGGCAAUGAGAACCAUGUGGAUUGUGUAACCACAACAACAACGACAACAACAGCGGCUACAACAACCGGCACUGGAACAACCGGCACGGGAACAACCGGCACGGGAACAACCGGCACGGGAACAACCGGAACGGGAACAACCGGAACGGGAACAGGUGGCAAAACUGUGCGCGUUAGUAAUCUGAGGUACACAAAUGUGCGUCGCGUUCGCGCUAAUCGCAAUGGAAACACCUCAGGCAACAGCACUGGACGCCGCAAUGCCAGACGUGCAAACGUGAGUCGUGGAAAUGUGCGUCGUGGAAGUGGGCGACGUGGAAAUGUGCGACGUGGAAACGUGAAAAGUGGAAACGUGCGACGUGGAAACAAGAAUCGCCGCAGUGGAGCCAACGUACGCGUUGUCAGGGGAUAA